AUGAACAAUUAUGAGGCUGAAGGCAUCAUUAUAUCAAAACAAUAUGAUGUUAAAGAUAUUCAAAAUUCCAAAAAACAGGCUGUGCUUCUUGAUAUCAUCUCCACAGUUAUGCCAAUUCUUUUAACUAAAUAUUUAAACCUGUUGGCUUUAGAUUCUACUAGUCAUUGUAAUAGCUUAAACUUUCCAAAUACAGCUUUCAUAGUUAGAUCUGCAGAUAAAUCAAUUGCAAGCAGUUUUCUUGAAUCCUAUCUUUGCCAAAAAGAAGCUAAUAGUUACAAGAAGGAUGAGCUCAAACUAUCUAAAAAAAGAGGCCCUAAAAAUAAAAGAAAAAGUCAAUUAGUGCUGAGUGAAUCUAUUUAUCUCCAAGAUACAAAUAUGCCUUACAAAACUGUAAAAAUUGUUGAAAUUAUUGAUAAAAGCAGAGUUAUUGUAGAGGUUACUUUUGAAAGUGAUAAUACAGAUUGA